CCUUCCUCUUUGCUCUGCGUGUGUGUGUGUGUGUGUGUGUGUGUGUGUGUGUGUGUCUAGCUCUCGCUCUUUCCCUCAGUCUGUGCCUCUGUGUAUGUGUGAGUGUGUGUGUGUGACAGAGAGAGAGAGAGAGAGAGAGCGCGCGAGAGGAGAGAGAGAGCGAGAAAGAGAGAGAGCGAGAGAGCGAGCUGUGAGCUGUGCCGCCGCCGCCGCUGCCCUUUGAUCCCGACAUUAGUGUUAGGGGCUCGGAGACACAGAGCGCGGCCAUAGACACCGCCGCACCGGCACUCAUUUAUUUAUACCUCCCAUCACACACGCGAGCAUAGGACACACACACACUCACACCUAUUAGAUCCGUUUCCAUUGAAGAAUAUUACGCUCGGGGACAAGCCAGGUGCACGACCAAAAAUUUAAAAAAAAAAAAAAAAAGAAAAAAAGAAAGGAAAGAAAAGAAGAGAACCCCUCAUCUGGCUCCAGGAAACAAGCUUCAACCCAUUGCACACACCGGAGAGAAGGGGUUUCCCCCUGCCCGCCCGCCCGCCCCCCAACUACCUCCCGGCUCCUGCCAGUGUCUGCCUCUCUGCCCCCACGGGGGUUUAUUUGAUCUCACAUUAACCAAGGAGGAGAAUGUGAGAAAAGGGGGAAAAUGCCCAGGAGGAAGCAGGAGCAGCCCAAGCGCCUUCCCUCACAUGUUAGUAGGCUGGAAGAGGCGGAGGGAGAGCUCAGUGAAGGAGAGCACUGGUAUGGAAACUCUUCAGAGACUCCGUCAGAAGCAUCCUAUGGAGAAGUCCAGGAGAACUAUAAGUUGUCUCUGGAGGACCGGAUCCGGGAGCAGUCCACUUCCCCCGACACCUCCUUGGGCAGCGCGACCCCCAGCAGUCACACGUUGGAGCUGGUGGGACUUGACGGUGAGGUCCUGCGAGACUCACUGCAGUGUCAAGACCACCUCUCCCCUGGCGUGUCUUCUUUGUGUGAAGAUGACCCCCCGGGCUCCACGAAGCCGUUGAGCAGCAACCUGAGGCGGCUGCUGGAGGCCGGCUCCCUCAAACUCGAUGCCACAGCCACGGCCAAUGGCAGGGUGGAGUCCCCGGUAAACGUGGGCUCGAAUCUCUCCUUUUCCCCACCGUCCCACCAUGCCCAACAGCUCAGUGUUCUUGCCAGGAAGUUGGCUGAGAAGCAGGAACAGAAUGACCAAUACACUCCAAGUAACCGUUUUCUAUGGAAUCAAGGUAAGUGGUUGUCCAACUCAACCACCACCUGCGGCUUGUCCCCGGAUUCAGCCAUCCUAAAACUGAAAGCUGCAGCCAAUGCUGUUCUGCAGGACAAAUCUCUCACCAGGACUGAGGAGACCAUGCGAUUCGAGUCCUUUUCCUCCCCUUUUAGCUCCCAGUCUGCCAGUUCCACCUUGGCAGCCUUAUCCAAGAAAGUCAGUGAGAGAAGCUUGACUCCUGGUCAGGAGCACCCGCCUCCCGCCAGCUCCUUCCUUUCCCUGGCUUCCAUGACCUCCUCGGCCGCCCUUCUGAAAGAGGUGGCCGCAAGGGCUGCGGGGAGUCUUCUGGCUGAGAAAUCGUCACUGGUGCCUGAGGACCCUCUACCGCCACCGCCUUCCGACAAGAAGCAAGAAAAAGUCACCCCGCCCCCUCCGCCACCGCCCCCACCGCCUCCGCCACCACCGCCACAGUCCUUGGAGUUAUUGUUACUUCCCGUUCCUAAGGGAAGAGUUUCUAAACCCUCCAAUUCAGCCUCCGAAGAGGAAAGCGGAAAGCCUUUCCAGUGUCCGAUAUGUGGUUUGGUUAUCAAAAGGAAGAGUUACUGGAAGCGGCACAUGGUAAUCCACACAGGUUUAAAAAGUCAUCAGUGUCCGCUCUGUCCAUUCCGGUGUGCUCGCAAGGACAAUCUCAAAUCCCACAUGAAGGUUCAUCAGCACCAGGACCGGGGAGAGACCUUUCAGUGCCAGCUAUGCCCUUUCACUUCCUCACGCCACUUCAGCCUGAAACUCCACAUGCGUUGCCAUCAGCAUUUCCUGAGGACAGAAGCCAAGGUGAAGGAGGAGAUCCCAGACCCAGAUGUCAAGGGAUCUCCCCACCUCAGUGACAGUGCCUGCCUGGGGCAGCAAAGGGAAGGAGGAGGGACAGAGCUAGUGGGGACCAUGAUGACGUCCAACACUCCAGAGAGGACUAGCCAGGGUGGGGCUGGCGUCUCGCCUUUGCUGGUGAAGGAGGAACCCAAGGAAGAUAACGGCCUGCCAACCUCCUUUACUCUGAAUGCUGCCGACAGGCCGGCCAACCACACAAAGCUGAAAGACCCCUCCGAGUAUGUGGCCAACAGUGCGUCAGCAUUGUUCAGCCAGGACAUCUCUGUUAAGAUGGCGUCUGAUUUUCUCAUGAAGCUGUCAGCUGCAAAUCAGAAGGAGCCCAUGAAUCUUAAUUUUAAAGUGAAAGAGGAGCCCAAGGAAGAGGAGGCCUUAAGUGCCACUUUGCCUCGGUCCAGCUACGUGUUCAGCCCGGAAUCGGAAGUGCCGGCCUCGAGCAUCUCUGAGGACACCCUUAAGCCCCAGGAAGGGAAGGGGAAUGUGCUAAGGCAGGAUAUGUCCGUCAAAGCAGCGUCUGAACUUCUCAUGAAACUAUCAGCGGAGAGCUACAAGGAGACUCAGAUGGUGAAGAUUAAAGAGGAGCCCAUGGAGGUCGACAUCCAGGACUCGCAUGUCUCGGUAUCACCCAGCCGGAAUGUUGGCUAUAGCACUUUAAUCGGGCGAGAGAAAACCGAACCCUUACAGAAGAUGCCAGAGGGCAGAGUGCCCCCAGAGAGAAACCUCUUCAGUCAGGACAUCUCUGUGAAGAUGGCUUCCGAGCUUCUCUUUCAACUGUCAGAAAAAGUGAGCAAAGAGCACAAUCACACAAAAGAAAACACCAUUCGGACGACCACCAGCCCUUUCUUUUCAGAAGAUACAUUUAGACAAUCACCAUUCACAUCCAAUUCAAAAGACCUGCUACCCAGUGAAUCUGUGCUUCACGGAAGAAUAUCAACGCCAGACACAGAAAAGAUAGUACUAGAGGCAGGAAAUGGAUUGCCAUCCUGGAAAUUCAAUGACCAGCUUUUCCCGUGUGAUGUGUGUGGGAAAGUGUUUGGCCGACAGCAGACGUUGUCUCGACAUCUCUCACUGCACACAGAGGAAAGAAAAUACAAAUGCCACUUGUGCCCCUAUGCUGCUAAGUGCCGGGCAAACCUGAACCAGCACCUGACUGUGCACUCGGUGAAGCUGGUGAGCACGGACACGGAGGACAUCGUCAGCGCUGUCACCUCUGAAGGCAGUGAUGGGAAGAAGCACCCUUAUUAUUACAGUUGUCACGUGUGUGGAUUUGAGACCGAGCUCAAUGUCCAGUUUGUCAGCCACAUGUCACUCCACGUGGACAAGGAGCAAUGGAUGUUUUCCAUCUGCUGCACGGCCUGUGACUUUGUCACCAUGGAGGAAGCAGAGAUCAAGGCUCACAUUGGCACCAAGCACACAGGAGAAGACCGGAAGACCCCCAGUGAAUCAAACAGCCCCUCUUCCUCCUCCCUGUCAGCUCUGAGUGAUUCAGCCAACAGCAAAGAUGAUUCAGACAGCUCUCAGAAAAACAAGAAUGGGAACAACCUGCUGGUCAUCUCUGUUGUACCUGGGAGCCAGCCCUCAGUGAAUAGUGAGGAAAAGCCAGAGAAAGGGUUCGAAUGCGUUUUUUGCAACUUUGUCUGCAAGACGAAGAACAUGUUUGAGCGCCAUCUGCAGAUACACCUCAUCACCCGGAUGUUUGAGUGUGACGUGUGCCACAAGUUCAUGAAGACACCUGAACAGCUGCUGGAGCAUAAGAAAUGCCACACUGUCCCCACCGGUGGGCUCAAGUGCCCAUUCUGCAUUUAUUCCACCAACCGCCCCGCUGCCAUGGAGUGCCACCUCAAGACCCACUACAAGAUGGAGUACAAGUGCCGGAUCUGCCAGACGGUGAAGGCCAACCAGCUGGAGCUGGAGACGCACACCCGGGAGCACCGCCUGGGCAACCACUACAAGUGCGACCAGUGCGGCUACCUGUCCAAGACCGCCAACAAGCUCAUCGAGCACGUGCGCGUGCACACCGGGGAGCGGCCCUUCCACUGUGACCAGUGCAGCUACAGCUGCAAGCGCAAGGACAAUCUCAACCUGCACAAGAAGCUGAAGCACGCCCCCCGCCAGACCUUCAGCUGCGAAGAGUGCCUGUUCAAGACCACACACCCCUUCGUCUUCAGCCGCCACGUCAAGAAGCACCAGAGUGGGGACUGUCCCGAGGAGGACAAGAAGGGCCUAGGCCCCGCCCCCAAGGAACCAGCCGGCCCCGGGGCCCCGCUGCUCGUCGUCGGGAGCCCCCGGAAUCUCCUGUCUCCCCUGUCGGUCAUGUCCGCCUCCCAGGCUCUGCAGACCGUGGCCCUGUCGGCCGCGCACGGUAGCAGCUCCGAGCCCAACCUGGCACUCAAGGCUUUGGCCUUCAACGGCUCCCCUUUGCGCUUUGACAAGUACCGGAACUCGGAUUUUGCCCAUCUCAUUCCCUUGACAAUGUUGUACCCCAAGAACCACUUGGAUCUCACAUUCCACCCUCCCCGACCUCAGACUGCGCCUCCCAGCAUCCCCUCACCCAAACACUCCUUCCUCGCCUAUCUCGGACUGCGAGAACGAGCUGAGACUGUCUGAGGGCAGCCGUGUUCUGUACCAAAAACAAAGAGACAAAGACAAAACAAAAACAAAACCCACAAAACUUAAACACAACCCCAGCAGGUGUAUGUUGCUGCAAAACCUACAGGCCCCUGGGUCUGAACCACGUGUACUGUAUAUCUUUAGUAAGGAAUAGAGGAUUGGCUCUGUGUGGAUACCCUGUUGCAUUGACCUGAAAGCUGCUUUAUCCAAUCUUCAGAGAGGUGACCUACUGCAUACUUCUACCUUCAGAGGCAUGCCUCCCCAGCUCCCCACUCCCACUCUCGGCCCUUCUCCGUACUUUGCUCUGAGAGGAAUUUUGUCUUGUUAAGCCCUAAAGAGAGUGUCCUUAAUAGCAAUCAGCACUUGUACGCUUAUGCACUGGUGCAUUUGGUUUUUCUGUUGGGUGAAUGGGGUGUGUGGGUGUUGUGGAAAGAGAAAGCCGCGUGUCGUGUGCCAUGCCAUUUCUGUCACACAUUUCUUCGUACUGGCUUCUUUAACAGCGAUGAACGUUCUUUUCCCUCCCGGGUUGUUCAUCCGUACAGUCUCUCGCUGAGCUCCUUCAUCAACUUUCCCUCUCUAUUUUAUGGCUACAGAGUGGUAGGGCCUGGUGCUUGAGUCGAUGAAGGACUGGUAGACACCCACAGUGCUGCUGGAGAUUUCCGACCGGGUGCCAGAGACCUCGUGCUCAGAUCUUUUCGGUUAUGAAGAUGCGAGAAUCGAGAGUCCACUCCAGAAGAAAUUUCUCGCAGCACUGCAGCCAAUAUCACAAAACUUAAGUGUGUUUUGUGUGUGUGUGUGUGUGUGUGUGUGUGUGUGUCUCCAUACGUAUACAAUGUGUAUGGUGCACACACACAGUGCAUCAUUUUUUUAAGGGCAGAUUAUAUAUAUAUAUAUAUAUAUAUAUAUGUGUAUAUAUAUAUAUAUAUAUGAUGUAUUAAUUCAGUGGUUACCAUUCAUUUGCAGGAAAAGAAUUGUAUGAGUGAAAAAUUUUAUGGUUGAUAAAUCCAGCCAAGGAGAUUAAAGGGGUUUGGAUAAAUUCUGGGUAUGAAUGCUCAGACUAAAAAAAAAAAAAAAAAAAAAAAAA